AUGGCCGAAGCUCUUGCCUCACAGCUUAACAACACAACAUUAGGGGAAGCAAGCUCAGACAUAAGGUGGAAGGACCAACUAAAAGCCCCUGCAAAAGAUGCACGGCCACAGACCGAGGACGUGACGGCCACUAAAGGCCUCGAGUUUGAAGAUUUCUAUAUUAAACGCGAACUUAUGAUGGGCAUAUUCGAAGCUGGUUUCGAAAAGCCCUCUCCUAUCCAAGAAGAAACAAUACCAGUUGCUCUUACUGGUAGGGAUAUUUUGGCCCGAGCAAAGAAUGGCACCGGAAAGACAGCGGCCUUCGUCAUCCCCACAUUAGAACGCAUAAAUCCUAAAAGCACCAAAACGCAAGCACUCAUCCUUGUUCCAACCAGAGAGCUUGCGCUCCAAACGUCUCAUGUUUGUAAAACUCUCGGAAAACAUCUGGGGAUCAACGUAAUGGUCACCACUGGAGGAACUGGUUUGAUGGAUGACAUCAUCAGGUUGAACGACGCUGUCCACAUCCUUGUGGGAACUCCAGGCCGUGUUCUAGAUCUGGCUAGCAAGGGCGUUGCUGACCUUUCUGAAUGUCCUACAUUCGUCAUGGAUGAAGCCGACAAAUUACUGUCUCCUGAAUUCACUCCUGUAAUUGAACAGCUAUUGUCAUUUCACCCUAAAGACCGCCAGGUCAUGCUCUUCAGUGCGACUUUUCCAUUGAUUGUGAAAUCGUUCAAGGACAAACACAUGCGCAACCCUUACGAGAUCAACCUUAUGGAUGAACUCACCCUCAGAGGAAUCACUCAAUACUAUGCUUUUGUGGAAGAAAAGCAAAAGGUCCAUUGCCUUAACACUCUUUUUUCCAAACUUCAAAUCAAUCAAUCAAUCAUCUUCUGCAAUUCAACAAAUCGCGUUGAGCUUCUCGCAAAGAAGAUCACAGAAUUAGGAUAUUCCUGCUUUUACUCACAUGCGAGAAUGCUACAACAACAUCGGAAUCGAGUCUUCCAUGAUUUCCGGAACGGCGUAUGCCGCAAUCUUGUUUGCUCCGAUUUGCUAACUCGAGGUAUUGAUAUUCAAGCGGUAAACGUCGUGAUCAACUUUGACUUUCCCAAGAACGCUGAAACCUACCUCCACCGAAUAGGCCGAUCUGGUCGUUUUGGUCAUCUGGGUCUAGCAAUCAAUCUCAUCAAUUGGGAUGAUCGUUUCAAUCUAUAUAAGAUUGAGCAGGAGCUGGGAACCGAAAUACAACCUAUCCCUCAAAAUAUCGACAAGAAAUUAUACGUAUAUGAAUCGCCGGAAACCAUUCCACGCCCGAUCGCGAAUGCAUCACAAGCACAGCUCGCAACGAGUGGGAAUCAAAACCAGAACUUUGGAGAACGCCGCCACAACAAUCACUCUAAUGGAGGGCAUUAUCAAUUCGGUCGGGGUCGAGGUUCAUAUCGUGGAGGACGAGGCCAAGGUCAGCGCCGCAACCUACAAAAUGAGAUGAACAAAUUUGGUACCUCCCAAAAUCAACAGCAGAGUAGCAAGAAUCAGCCUGCGCAGGUGUCGCCAAAUUAA